GUCUUUCACAACCGCCCUGCGCUUCAUUCAUCACACUGUGUGUGUAUGUGUGUGUGUGCGCGCAAAAAUCCAUCCACACGCAUUUGAUCCGGCGCGCUCACGCAGACACUGGCGCGGCGCGUGGAGAGACAGACAGACGCGCAUACGGAGCCGUGCGUGAAUGGUGGAUUUAACGGGAUUUUUCUGAUGUUUUACGGUCGAUCAGACUCGCGAAGUGAAGAUCCACAGUGCGGAAUUUCUCCCAGUUCGGAUAAUAUUACCACCGCAGCCAUGCGCUUCACAUACUGUUCUGGGAUCAUUUCAAGCGUCUAAAUGGAUUUUUGGCACACGGACUAAUGGAUUUGACAUUACAGGAGUCUAUUUGCAGGGUGUCAGAUGAACUUUCUGCUGUUGUUUGGAGUUGCUGAUCGUGUCUUAUGGAUCAUCACGGUCAGCGCAGAGGGGGCGUCAGACAUCCGGACCUCCCCUCCGGGGCCAUUCUGUCCCUGGACCAGAUCAGAGCCAUCCGCUCUUGCAACGAGUACACAGAGGGCCCAGCCGUAGCACGCAGGCCGGCCCCGGGCCCCCAAGUACCACCGCGUAGCGUGGACAAACAGGAAAGGACUCACGAGGUGAUUCUGGUAAACGUUAACAACAACUAUGAGCGGCGUCAAUCGAACCAGCGACCGCCGGUCCUCAGCCGCUCCACAAGCACGGGCAGCGCCGCCAGUUCCGGGAGCAACAGCAGCGUUUCUUCGGAGCAGGGGCUCCUGGCGCGCUCGCCACCGUCACGGACCAGCUCCAACCUUCGUAGCUACGCCCACAGACCCGAGCGAGCUGUGCGGACUCAACCCAAAUCCCUUAACUCCUCCCCGCACCUCUUUCUGCCUCCGGACGUACCGUUCAAGCAGACGCAGGUGGAGAAGAUCGACUCCGCUCACCAGUAUAUCUGUGAGAAUUGUGGCAAAUGCAAGUGCGGCGAAUGCACGGCGCCCCGGCCGCUCCCCUCGCGGCUGGCCUGCAACGGACAAUGUCUGUGUUCGGCCGAGAACGUGGUGGAAUACGGAACGUGCAUGUGUUUGGUGAAGGGAAUGUUCUACCACUGUUCCAACGACGACGACGGGGACCCCUGCGCGGAUCAGCCCUGUUCCCUCUCGCACCCCCAGUGCUGUUCUCGCUUUUUGUGCAUGGGCCUCGUGUCCACGCUUCUCCCGUGUUUGCUGUGUUACCUGCCCGCUAAGGGCUGCGUGAAGGCAUGCCACUCGUGUCACGACCGCUUGAACAGGCCCGGCUGUCGCUGCAAGAACUCGAACACGGUAUACUGCAAGCUACAGAGCUGGAACCACACGCCCGGGCACGUGCCGGAAAAACCGUCCUGAGGAACUCGCAAGCGUACAUUACGAGACGUUAUAAAGUCAUGUUAUUUCGUUAGCUGGAUGAAAGCUAGCUCGCUGCUGCAGGCCGUGGAAAAGAUCUCGGGACGGAGGAGGUGCCAGAUGACUAGGAUGGGUUUUAUUAGCAAUAUUCCAUAAGCUCGGCCGCUCGUCUGGAAUUUAAACCACUUUUCGAUUAUGCAUUUUCAGCAGGUUUGCUUUCACGAACCCGUCUUUGACUUACCUGACUGUGCCUGGCUAUAAUCUAACACAAUCUGCUGAUCUGAGGUUUUAGUGACUGGUGCUUUGAAAACAACCAAACCUGUGAAGGACCAUAAUAUGUAGCUGUUACCGGAUCUCUGUAGCAACGUGGAAUUGUUAUAGGAGAGGUGUGGUUGUUGUGAAACGGUUUCUAUGCAUCUGCUUCACAAAGGUAUUCCUAAGGGCAUUCCAUGCAACGUUCCCAAAACGAUCGUGGCAUUCAUAGACUCUCUGUUCGUUCUCAUUCUGUCGAUGUAUAAUUGUAUGUUGAAAUUCAAGAGAGGAGUUAUGGCUAUUUUUAAAAGAAAAUGUUAAAACUGUCUUCUUUUUUUGGUGUACAAAUAUUUAUUAUGUGAAGUUCUAUUAUUUUAUGAUAUUUAUUGCAAAUGGCAGAUUACUCAUGUCUGAAUAUAACAAAAUAUCAACACUUACUACAGGAGAAAAGAUGGAGACAUGUUAACUUUAAUGCAAAAAUAUACAAAAUU